AUGACCCAAGCACCCUCCUGGCGCAAUAUGUGCAUCGAGAUGAAGGAGAGCGUCGCUCUCCUUCACCAUGUUCUGCACGCUCUGCUCGCGGCCGACGCCGCAUCUAAUGCGCGCUACAAGCUUCUCACGUGCCGCUGCACGCAGUGCAAGACGGCGGCGCCCUACGCGGCGUGUCCCUGGAGAGGCAAGGUGCUGGUGUGUCUCGACCGGAUGGUGGUGUCGCUCUUUGAGGCUGGCAUGCAAGUGACCAGCGCGAAGCCUCCUCGCACCCCCAACCUCACAGCACCCCAAAAGGAACUCGCGAGGCAGAUGGCACAAGCGGGCAUGAAGCCGGCUCGCAUCCGAACGGCGAUGCUGCAGCAGCUCUCGCUGCAGCCGAGCUAG